GUGACAGUAAACGGGGUGCCACAACCAGUUCGUGUGCUGGGAGCUUUCCAAAUCAUUAAACUGAAGAAGCGAAGCGAAGCAAAACAGCAUGGCGGUCCAUUGCAAUUCCGCUCCUCUGUGUUGCAAACCAUUGAGAAACAGAGGCCCCAGACCCGUAUCCGCUCUCUUACCCGCCCGUCUAUCCUCAAUUCCUCGAACCCCAUUCAGCUUCCGUUCAGAUAGAUUAAAGCUCUCAACCUGCAGGUGGGAUAAGGGGGUUUCUGCUGUUGUUUCUGAAGAGAGUGCUGUUGGGUCCAGCUCUUCUGGGACUGAUGUAUUCAACCUCACUUACCUAGAGGGGAAUAGUUGGCUGUGGGAUGUAAGUGGGGUGAAACUUUUGGUUGAUCCAAUUCUGGUUGGUAACUUGGACUUCGGCAUUCCAUUGCUCUAUGAUGCUGCCAAGAAAUUUAUUAAGAAUUUCAAGCUUUCUGAUCUUCCUCAACUUGAUUGCUUACUGAUUACACAAAACUUUGAUGAUCACUGCCAUUUAAGGACCUUAAAACCACUCUCGGAAAUGUCCCCGAAUCUUCGAGUCGUCGCAACUCCAAAUGCCAAGCCUUUGCUGGAUCCUCUUUUCAGAAAUGUCACAUAUCUAGAACCUGGUCAGGAGUCUGAAGUUGAAUCGAGCAAUGGUUCCAAAGUCAGAAUUCAAGCUACUCCUGGGCCAGUUCUCGGUCCUCCAUGGCAACGACCUGAGAAUGGGUAUCUAGUCAUUUCUCCACAGGGCCAAUUAACACUCUAUUAUGAACCUCAUUGCUUAUACAACAAAGAUUUUCUCGAGAAGGAGCGUGCCGACAUCAUUAUCACCCCAGUCAUCAAGCAGCUUCUUCCGAAAUUUACUUUGGUUUCUGGACAAGAAGAUGCAGUGCAGUUAGCUAAACUGCUGGAUGCCAAGUUCAUUGUGCCAAUGAAGAACGGAGAUCUAGAUAGCAAAGGGUUUCUUGCUAGCAUAGUUCGGUCCGAAGGAACAAUCGAAUCAUUCAAGGAGCUUUUGUCGAAGGAGCUACCGGAUGCAAAGGUGUUAGAGCCCACCCCUGGUGAACCAUUGCAAAUUCCUCCCCCUUAAAAUCUCUUGUAGUGCUUCAAAAUUUGAUAGUAAAACUGUGUAUAUAACGGUGCAUGCAUUAGUAUCAAGCCCCCGGCCUCCAUGACGCCACUGGGCAUGUUCAUCUA